AUGUAUAGAGGACGUUUUUUUACACAUACCUCAGUAACGAUAGCAAAGUGUCAUGCUGGUUCAUUCACCGAAGAUCUCGGUAUAAAAGAUAAACCGAUAUCGACAGGUUACGUACUCCGUGCUAUGUUCGAAUUUAUCUGGCCAAAAAAUGGAAAACAAGUUAAAAUUCGUGUUUUAAUCGCUCUAUCACUACUAUUAUUGUCUAAAUUAUUGAAUAUCAGUGUACCAUUUAUGUUCAAAUAUUUGAUUGAUGAAUUAAACAAAGGUCACACAUUAAAAGUUGAUACAACUGAAUCGGCAAUACUAUCAAUGGUAACUGCACUGCUUAUUGGCUAUGGUGCUGCUCGCGCUGGUGCUGCCUUAUUCGGUGAAUUACGGAAUGCCAUCUUUGCGAAUGUAGCUCAUCGAAGUAUACGUGAAUUAGCUAAAAGAGUGUUUUCUCAUAUACAUAAGUUGGAUUUAAGUUUCCAUCUUGGCAGACAAACUGGUGCACUAUCAAAAGCAAUUGAUCGUGGAACAAAAGGAAUUAGUUUCAUAUUAUCUGCACUUGUCUUUAACAUUGUACCCACGAUAUUUGAAGUUGGUCUUGUUAGUGGAGUACUUUGGUAUAAAUUCGGAUUAUCUUAUGCUGCAGUCGCCAUUGGAUGCAUUACAGGUUACACAGCUUAUACUUUCGCUGUAACUCAAUGGAGAACGAAAUUUCGUGUUAAUAUGAAUAAAGCUGAUAAUGAAGCGGGCAACAAAGCGAUUGAUUCAUUAAUCAACUUUGAAACAGUGAAGUAUUUUAAUAAUGAAGAACACGAAAUAGAAAGAUAUGGUAAAGUAUUAUCACAAUACGAGAUAGCAUCAAUUAAAACUCAAACCAGUUUAGCAAUGUUAAAUUUUGGACAAAAUGCUAUAUUUAGUUUGGGUCUUACUGGUAUCAUGCUUUUAGCUGCGAGUGGUAUUACAGACGGAAGUAUGACUGUUGGUGAUUUAGUUGCUGUAAACGGUCUCAUAUUUCAAUUGUCAAUGCCGCUAACGUUUUUGGGCUCCGUUUAUCGUGAAGUAAAACAGUCUGUUACCGAUAUGGAAACCAUGUUUCGGUUAACGAUGAUCAAAUCGGCAGUGAAAGAUAAAGAAAACGCUCCUCCGUUUCAAAUUAGUCAUACUGCAUCAUCGAUUGUAUUCGACAAUGUUACAUUUGGUUACUUAAAAGAACAAAAGAUUUUAGAUAAACUUACCUUUGAAGUUCCUUCAGGAAAGAAAGUAGCAAUCGUGGGUGGUUCUGGUUCUGGAAAAUCGACUAUCAUUCGUUUAUUAUAUCGUUUUUAUGAUCCUCAAGAUGGUGAAAUACGUAUAAAUAAUGAAAAUAUUCAACAUGUCUCGUUAUCUAGUUUAAGAAAAGCGAUUGGUAUUGUACCUCAAGAUACUGUUCUUUUUCACGAUACAAUACUAUACAAUAUUAAUUACGGUAAUUUAAAAGCAACAAAAGAACAAGUCUAUGAAGCUGCUAAAUUAGCUGAAGUACAUAACGCUAUAAUGAGAAUGCCCAAACAAUAUGAUACAAUGGUUGGUGAAAGAGGAUUAAAAUUAUCAGGGGGUGAAAAACAGCGAAUUGCAAUAGCACGCGCAUUGCUUAAAGAUCCAAUUGUUUUAGUUUAUGAUGAAGCUACCGCACAUCUUGACACUGUAACUGAACAGGCUAUUUUAAAAUCAUUACGUACAUUAACUAAAAAUCGUACAUCUAUUGUUAUUGCUCAUCGUCUCAGUACCGUUAUUGAUUGUGAUCAUAUUGUAAUUUUGGAAAAAGGAAAAGUACUUGAACAGGGUAGUCAUGCAGAAUUAAUGGCAAACGACAAAGGUUAUUAUACAUCGCUAUGGAACACUUAUCUCUUAACGAUGUCGUAUCCUAUUCAACAACAUUUUGGUAUAAAUAAUCUUGAUGAUGCUCUGUUCGGUGGCGGAACGGGCUCAGGAAAUCCAAUUGGAGAUGUCAUGAGUAUGGCACACAAUAUGAUGAACAGUUUUCAAAUGAAUAGUGGGAUGCAUAUGAAUAGUGAUCCGAAUAAUCCAAAUGUAAAGGUUUUUGGUGUUAGUUCAAUGAAUGUUACUCAAUUAGCACGAGGACCAGAUGGACGACCUCAUGUUAUACAAGCACAUGAUGAAAAACGUAUGGGUCCUAAUGGAAUAUGGCAAACAAAAAAAGCUUUAAAAGAUAGUGAUCGUGGAAUAGACAAAAUGCAAGUUGGCUAUUUUGUUGGUGAUCAAGGAGAAAUUGUGGAAAGACAUUAUGAUCCAGCAACAGGUCAAUAUCGACAAAAUGUUCAACACCGUGGCUAUACUCAACCAAAUUUUCGACAACAAUGGCAACAACAAGCUCAACAAGCAGUGCGAGGACCACCACAGUCACAACAGCACCAAUAUCUUCCACAGGGUAGUCACCAACAACAAAGUUUACCAGCUCCAUCACCAUACCAAUAUCAGUAUUGA